AUGAAGAAGAAAGAAGGCGUGUUUCGGUUUGCAGACCGAGUCGACAAGCUGCUGAUGAUGGCCGGAGCUUUAGGCAGCAUCGGAGACGGGAUGCAGAUCCCUCUGAUGAUGUUCGUGCUCAGCAGCGUCAUCAAUGACUAUGGCAAGCUCAAUGCAGACGUUUCUUACUCUGUGGUAAACAAGUAUGCUCUCAGAUUGCUAUAUGUCGCCAUUGGAGUCGGGCUAUCUGCGUUUGUUGAAGGACUCUGUUGGGCAAGAACAGCCGAGAGGCAGACUUCGCGAAUGAGAAUCAAGUACCUGAAAUCUGUGCUCAGGCAAGAAGUUGGUUUCUUCGACACUCAGGCAGCCGAUUCAUCGAAGACUUACCAAGUUGUUUCGACCAUCUCGUCCGAUUCCAAUUCCAUCCAAGUAGCAAUCGGCGAGAAGAUACCAGACUGCCUUGCUGCCCUGUCAUCCUUCUUCUUCUGCCUUAUAUUUGCCUUCAUCCUGUCAUGGAAGCUCACACUGGCUGCUAUUCCAUUCACCAUAAUGUUCAUUGUCCCUGGACUAGGGUUCGGGACGCUCAUGCUGGACAUCGGUAUGAAGACGAUUGAAUCUUAUGCUGUUGCUGGUAGCAUUGCCGAGCAGGCGAUUUCCUCUAUAAGAACUGUAUAUUCUUACGUUGGGGAGCAUCAAACACUUGAAAGAUUCAGCAGAGCACUUGAGAAGACCAUGAAGCUAGGAAUCAAGCAAGGGUUUGCAAGGGGGUUGAUGAUGGGAAGCAUGGGAGUUAUUUACGUUAGUUGGGGUUUCCAGGCGUGGGUUGGAUCGAUUCUCGUCAGCAAGAAAGGGGAAAAGGGCGGCGACAUCUUUGUAGCCGGAUUCAAUGUCCUCAUGGGAGGAUUGAAUAUACUGACUGCACUUCCACAUCUCACUGCCAUAACUGAGGCUACGGCUGCUGCUGCUCGGAUGAUUGAGAUGAUCGAUCAUGAACCUACCAUUGACUCGGAAGACAAGAAGGGGAAAGCUUUAUCGUAUGUUCGGGGGGAAAUAGAAUUCAAGGGUGUGUAUUUCAGUUACCCAUCGAGACCUGAUACUCUGAUCUUACAAGGUUUGGAGCUUCGAGUUCCAGCUGGGAAAACUGUAGGCAUAGUUGGGGGAAGUGGUUCGGGGAAGUCCACAAUCAUUUCAUUGCUCGAAAGAUUCUAUGAUCCCACCGAAGGUGAAAUUCUCUUGGAUGGAUACAAAAUAAACAGACUUCAUCUCAAAUGGUUGAGAUCACAAAUGGGUCUGGUUAAUCAAGAACCAGUCCUGUUUGCAACAUCCAUAAAAGAGAAUAUACUGUUUGGCAAGGAAGGAGCAUCAAUGGAAGAUCUAGUUGCAGCUGCAAAAGCUGCCAAUGCUCACGAUUUCAUUGUUAAGUUGCCAGAGGCAUAUGAGACUCAAGUUGGCCAAUUUGGAGUUCAAUUGUCAGGAGGGCAAAAGCAAAGGAUAGCCAUAGCCAGGGCUUUGAUCAGGGAUCCAAAAAUCUUGUUACUUGAUGAAGCCACAAGUGCACUAGAUGUGCAAUCUGAAAGAGUUGUACAGAAUGCCAUUGAUCAGGCUAUGGUAGGAAGGACAACAGUAGUCAUCGCUCACCGUCUCUCCACAAUCAGAAUGGCCAAUUUGAUUGUCCUGCUACAGUCGGGGAAAGUAGUUGAAUCGGGUACACAUGAAGAACUGAUGCAAAUGAACGAUGGAGAAUACUUCAGAAUGGUGCAGUUGCAGCAAUCAGCUAUGGAACAAGAAGCCAGUGGCGUUCCACCAAGCCCGUUGAGUCCAAUGUCCAGCAAUACGAGAAAUAACUACAAGAUAGUUGUUCCAAGCAGUCCAAUGAGCACGAGAUCAAGCCCGGUUCUGCAGCCAUUUAGCCCUGCACUUUCCAUGAGUGCACCUUACUCUGUCCAGUUCGAGGCUUCUUAUGAAAGUGAAGAUGAGUACUUGGACAGACCAAUCAAGCCAACCCCUUCCCAAUGGCGCUUGCUGAAAAUGAAUGCACCAGAAUGGGGUAGAGCCCUGAUUGGAUGCAUAGGGGCUGUUGGCUCCGGCACAGUUCAGCCUAUAAACGCUUACUGUGUUGGAGGACUGAUCUCUGUUUACUUCCACACAGAUAAAUCCAGCAUCAGGUCUGAUGCAAGAGUUUACUCCCUCAUUUUUAUAGCUCUUGGAGUUUUCAAUUUCGCUACCAAUGUCCUUCAACACUACAAUUUCGCAGUCAUGGGAGAAACGCUAACGAAACGGGUUCGGGAGAAACUGCUUGACAAGCUGAUGACUUUUGAGAUUGGAUGGUAUGAUGAAGAUGAGAACACUAGUGCAGCCAUCUGUGCAAGGUUAUCCGCAGAAGCUAACAUGGUUCGCUCUCUUGUCGGUGACCGAAUGUCAUUGCUGGCUCAAGCAUUUUUUGGUGCAACUUUUGCCUAUGUGCUGGGGCUAGUGCUCACCUGGAGACUAGCCCUUGUGAUGAUGGCAACGCAGCCGUUACUGAUAGGAAGCUUUUACUCGAGGAGUGUUUUGAUGAAGAGUCUGUCUGGAAAAGCUCGAAAGGCGCAAAAGGAAGGAAGCCAGCUAGCAAGUGAAGCUGUCAUUAACCACAGAACAAUAAGUGCCUUCUCUUCCCAGAAGAGAAUUCUGGGGUUGUUUCGAGACAGCUUAGAAGGCCCCAAGAAGGAGAGUGUUAGACAAUCCUGGUUUUCGGGUAUUGGCUUGUUUAGCUCCCAAUUCCUGGCUGCAGCUUCCACGGCUUUAGCUUACUGGUACGGGGGGAGACUUCUAGUGCAAGGAUUGAUAACUCCAGAACGCCUUUUCCAGGCUUUCUUGGCACUGCUAUUCACUGCCUAUACCAUUGCAGAGGCUGGAAGCAUGACUAAAGAUUUAUCUCGGGGAAGCGCUGCUGUGAGGUCAGUCUUUGCAAUCCUGGACAGGAGCAGUGAGAUUUCACCGGAGAACUCAUGGGGGCUUGAAACUAAUAAGAUAUCAAUUACGGGCCGCAUAGUGCUGGAAAAUGUGUUCUUCGCAUACCCAUCACGUCCUAAUCAGUUUAUCUUCAAGGGCCUUGGCCUCAAAAUUGCAGCAGGAACUACUGUUGCACUAGUGGGACAAAGCGGGUCUGGCAAAUCCACCAUUAUCGGGCUUAUAGAGAGGUUUUAUGAUCCCCUGAAGGGAUCUGUGUUCAUAGAUGAAACGGAUAUAAAGGACUAUAACCUGAGAAGCCUAAGAUCACACAUCGCUUUAGUUAGCCAGGAGCCAACCUUGUUUGCUGGUACUAUUAGCGAGAACAUUGCCUACGGGAAAGAGGAUGCCAAGGAAUCCGAGAUAAGGAACGCUGCAAGGCUUGCCAAUGCUCAUGAAUUCAUCAGUGGCAUGACAGACGGAUACAAUACUUUCUGUGGAGAGAGAGGGAUGCAGCUAUCAGGGGGGCAGAAACAAAGAAUAGCACUGGCUCGGGCGAUACUAAAGAACCCAGCAAUUCUGCUGCUGGAUGAGGCGACCAGUGCGCUUGACAGUGUGUCAGAGAGCCUAGUUCAAGAAGCACUGGAGAAGAUGAUGGUCGGAAGAACAUGUGUUGUGGUGGCUCACAGGCUUUCCACGAUUCAGAGAUCAAACACCAUAGCAGUGAUCAACAAUGGAAGAGUGGUGGAGGAGGGCUCACAUUCUGAUCUACUUUCAUUGGGACGCGGUGGGGCAUACUAUUCUCUUGUGAAGCUGCAAGGCAGCAGCUCCCCAUACCGAUGACUUGCGGCAUUAGCAUGCACAGCUCCACCGGAAUUGUUGAUCUUCUCAUAUCAUAUACCUAUGAUUUGAGGACUCGUCUCAUCCUUAAUUUUUGUAAAUAAAAUAAGGAAGAUGUUGGAGAUGGAAAAAGAUGACAGGUUAAAGCUUGAAGAUUGUUGAUGUUUUGAGACUUUUUGCAGAGAAGGCCAGCUGUUACUCUCCACAGAGAAUCAAUUGUCAUUUUAUGUUUUUAAUAUUUUUUAUGUUUUUACUUAGUCAAUUUAGUUAUUGUGUAGUUGCUUGAUUUUAAGAUCG